CACUGGGUAAUUAAGCUUUUUGACUGACAGCAGAGUGCCAAAAGGCGCAGACGCACUCCGAUUGGCCGGGGCGCACUUUACAAUCUCCUCUUGUUUCCCAGCUUCGCGCAGGAAGAGCGCUUUACUUCCCCAAACUCUCACAGAAGCCAGACGCACAAGAGGAGCAGCCAGAGGAGACUGCCUGUGGACUUUACCCAAACCAGAAACUCAACACGUUUUACGCACGUCGACCAGCAGGGCUCAGCUUUUUUUUCUACAUUUGUUUCUUGUUAAUACUGUGAAUGUCUUGUAGUGAGUGUUGACUCGCUGCCUGAGCCGCACUGAGCUGCAUUCAUUUUCCUGUUGCUAAAAGAAAACAUGAGGUCUGCUUCUGAGUCGUUCUGGAGGAUGAUCCGACUGGCUGUGACAGUGGCGCUCAUGUCAGCGUGCAGAGCAUCAGAGUACGAGUAUCUCGGCUGGAAGUCGGACAUGUACAACGGUGGUCGUAGUUACGGCAAGCCUCCCCAGUGCGUGGACAUCCCGGACGACCUGCGGCUCUGUCACAAUGUGGGCUACAACCAGAUGCUGCUACCCAACCUGCUGGAACACGAGACCAUGGCCGAGGUGAAGCAGCAGGCCAGCAGCUGGGUGCCCUUGGUGCACAAGAACUGCCACCCGGGCACGCAGGUCUUCCUCUGCUCGCUCUUUGCACCCGUUUGCCUGGAUCGGCCCAUCUACCCGUGCCGCUGGCUGUGCGAAGCAGUGCGGGACGGCUGCACCCCCAUCAUGGAGGCGUUCGGCUUCCCCUGGCCGGAGAUGCUCACCUGUGACAAGUUUCCCCAAGACGAUGUAUGCAUUGCCAUGACGCAGCCCAACUCGACCGAAGCCACCAUGCCGACAGGUUACUCUCCCAUCUGCCCUCCAUGUGACAACGAAAUGAAAACAGACGCCAUGCUGGAGCACAUGUGCGCCAGCGAAUUUGCUUUCAAAGCCAAAAUCAAGGAGGUGAAGCGGGAAAACAAUGACCGCAAGGUGAUCCUGCAGAAGAGGAAGAAAUUGUUGAAAGCAGGGAACCUGAAGAAGAAGGACAUGAAAACGCUGGUGUUGUACUUGAAGAAUGGUGCAGACUGUCCUUGCCAGCAGCUGGACAAUCUGGGAAAUCAGUAUCUAAUCAUGGGCCGCAAGGUGGAUAAGCAGUACCUCCUGACUGGCAUCCACAAGUGGGAUAAGCAAAGCAAAGAGUUCAAAAAGGCCAUGAAGAAACUCAAGACCCACAAAUGUCCCGCCUUCGAGAAUGUCUUCAAAUAAUACGACCCUGCCCCAUCACCUCCUUCGGUUGCAUCUCAUCCUACAUAAUGAACUUGCACAAGCAUUAAAAUCCCAAACUUUGCUUUCUAUUGUCCUGUUUAUAUAUCUAUAUAUCUUUGUAUAUUUACAGAUAUACUUUGAAAUGUCCAUUGAUAAGUUUUAAUUGAAUGUGGUGAAUGAUGACACCACACUAAGGGUUGGGUUUCCUUUUUUUUCUUUUGCAUAAGAAAAAGGACAUUUUAGUAAACGCCCUUUCUCACUGAAAUCAUUUCCACUAUGUAUGUAGAUACUUUGUUACACUAUUUCAUUUAACAGGUGAGUGCAUUUUGUUUAAAGGAACAGUUUAUUACUGAGAGUUAAAUGAAAGGAUCAAUACACAUGCUCAUGUGUUUACAGUAAAUAAGAAGCGAGAGCUAGCAGAUGGUUACUUGAUUCCUAAUUUCCAAAAGGUUGCAAUGUGUUUCGGCUGUACGAUCACACUCGUUCUGGACAAUGAUUGUAAUUCCUCUAGCGCAUAUUUCAGAAGUGUCUUUUCACUCUGCUCGGCGGAGCUGGCAGGAAGUCAGACAAAUUCUGACCAAACCAGAGCAAGUUAACAAAGUCUGUCGGGUAAGACACUUCACUUCUGAAACAGUGUCACCGCAGCAACAUCACAGCAUCACAGGAAUUUAGGGGUUAGCAAAAAGGCCGGACACGAAACAGCUUGCCUGCUACAGUCCAAAUGUAAAAACCCAUAGUUUUCAUUUUUUACAUUUUGUUUUUUUGUACAGAUUAAAUAAGUAAAAUAUGACAUGUUUCUUAGUAGCUUUAGUUAGUGCAUGGUAGGUGUCAUAUAAUAAUUGGACAUAGCUGGCUAACUAUUUUUUCGGGUUUCUAGUCUAAAAUGCUAACGUGGUUUAACCAUCUGCUCGCUUUAUAGCUUCAUAUCUAAUGAACAGACAUGAGACUGGUGUUGAUUUUCUCAUCUAAUUCUUUGCAGUGUUGAACUACUCUUUUUAAAUCUCUCUCAUUCUAAUCAUAUAAUAAUGAAUCAUAUAAUACAUGAUUGGACUACAGAAUUGGCAGUUGCAGAUGUUUUGGUUUUAAGGCCACACUGUACAGAGCAGCUCCACAUAGGGUUCCUGUUAAAUAACUUAUUGACAGAAGUAUGAGCGAGUGCUGCCGUAAGAUGAUUGUUUUGUCAAACUAAAGACUGCACUACCAAUAAUUUUGAUGAUUUCCUUUUCAUUUCAAUGUUACAUUUAUUUUUGUUACUUGAGAAACCUAAAGAUAAUCAUAACCACCAAUCUGCAUCAUGACAUCAUGUGUGGGCCUGUGUGGCAGAUUUCUUCUUUUUUGUUGUUGUUGUGUGUUGUCACCUGACAUUUGGCAGUGAGUCAUUUUCCCACUUUACCAUCUCUGUACAUCUGUACAUCUACUUGCGGUAAUCAGUAUCCAUUGGUCAUGGAAAUGCCUUGUUGUCAUACCUUACAUACCAUACCAUACAAAAAGUGCAAAUAUUGCCAACUCUGACUUCUGGUUUGUUUUGCUUGAGUGUCGCUGGUACGUUUUAGCACUAUUUUGUUUCAGAGUGAAUGUCAGCAGUACAUUGCUGCCUAUGUACAUACAAAUUUUACAUAAAUAUGGAAAACUGAA